GAGAGAACGCGAGGACGAGUCUGCGCUGCGCAGCCCCUAGGUCGGCCUAGGUAAUUCGCGAUUCGCGUUCACCGCCCACGUGUGAGCCUUCUGGUGUGUACAUGUCAAGCCGGAUGCGUGCACCUGCUUACGUGUACGAGUCGGGGAAUGCGCGCGGGGCACGAUAAUCGCAAUCUGACGUCGCAGACGCACGAAGGAGUGACCCGCGAUCCCGUUUCACGCGAGACUCGAUCAAGCAUGACCGUCAAACUGAAGCUGAAAGACGUGAAGGACAAGCUGAAGGAGGACACCCUGGACCUCAGCUUGUGCGACUUGGAGGAAGUGCCUGUGCGAGAAAUCGCAUCUCUUAGGAAAGCAACAAAUGUCAAUUUAUCAACCAAUCUUCUGGUGUCUCUGCCGGCCACUUUUGUUACCUUAAAACAAAUUGUGAAAUUGGACCUCAGCAGGAACAUGUUGGUCGAACUUCCCGAAAAUUUCGGCGAGAUGACUCAGUUGAAACAUUUGGAUUUAUACGCCAACAAGAUCAGCAGAUUACCUCUGAGUCUAAGCGAAUUGAAAAAUCUAAGGUGGUUGGAUCUGAAGGAAAACCCCUUGACCGAGGCCGUGGCCAGUGUUGCGGGACCAUGCAGCAAUAUGCGCGAGUGUCAGGCGUGCGCUCGUAAUAUCGUCAGCUAUCUGUCCAACGUUAAGCUCGCCAUCGAGGAGGAGAGAUUACGUAGAUUAAAUAAUGCUACAGGCGACACGGACAAGGAGGUGACGAGCACGAAGAAGGAGGGCAAGAGGAAGAGGAAGAGAAACGCAGAGAGGGAGAAGACGAACGGAGAUAAAAUCGAUUCUCCGAUGCAGAGCGACGGACGUUCGCAGGACAAUAGCAAUAGCGUGAGAUUAACGGGAUCGUCGUCGUCGUCCAACGCCGCAUCCGCGCGUAAAUCGUACAGCUCGACAGGCACUGGGCUGUGCCGAUCGCUCACGUGCGUGAUCGUGUGGCUCUUCGUGAUCAGCUCGUUGCUCACCGUCGCGCUGACAAUACUCUCGUGGCGUUACGAGCAACAGACGGACACGUUUCUGCAAAGUGCACAAACGUUAUCGGGCCUGCCGUUGAAGAGUUAUCAUCGACAAACCACCGAUUAUUUGCAGCGUGUAAUAAAGAUCGCGACCGUGCAGAUCAAGUCGAUUGUCGAUGCUGCGAACGAUUUCUACAGGACACAAUUCGAGAGUGGCACGAGCAAGGCGGCGAAAGAGCUGUAAAACUUUGGUUGCGUUAAUUAUGGAUAUCAGGGCACGUAUUAUGAAACUGUUCGAAAUAGAUUCCGAUUGGAAUUAUUUCGAUUUCGAUCCUAGAAAACAAUAGAAAGCUAGGAAAUGAUUAAACAACGAACAGAAUCCAUUCCGAAAAGUUCCGUAAUACAAUAAGAAAGGUAUUUGAAAAUAACUGAAAUAACUGAAAUAUAUAAUGCAUUUUGAGAUUUUGUUGUAUCAUAAAAGAGCUUAUUUUCAUCGAAAAAUAAACAAAGAGAUAUUCCGAAUAAA